UCACCCAACCUUCACCAGACCACUGAUCCACACCUGCAGCCGGGCUGUCACUUUCAAGGCUCUUUCUCUUGGACUCCUCUUUCCUCUCUCUCCCCAUCUGUCGCUCCUGAUCAUGUGGAAGGCUGCGGUGUUGACGUUUGGCCUGUUGGUGGCGCUGGUGGGUAUGGUGCAGGCUGCAGAGGGCCACGCGAACUCUAUCUACGGUGUGAAGCUGUGCGGGAGAGAGUUUAUACGGGCCGUCAUCUUCACCUGCGGAGGAUCGCGUUGGAGGAGAGGAGUGGGCGACGCCGGUGAGAUUGGUGACAUCUCCAUUGACGAGGAGACUGAGGCCUACAGCCCAUGGAGCUCCAACGCCAUCCCCGGCCUCGCCAGCAAGCAGCGUCCAGGAUUGGAGGCUCAGGGCUGGGCAGGCGAGGUCAGGGAGGGGGGCUCUGCCGCUGCUGCAUUCAGUCGUUUGGCCCGCUCGCCCAUCUCAGAGGAAGUGCUAGAGGCGCUGCGCAGUGCGGACAGGAAGGGGCGGGAUGUCGUGGUGGGCCUCUCCAACGCUUGCUGCAAGUGGGGCUGCAGCAAGAGCGAGAUCAGCUCCCUCUGUUGAGCACUACCAACACCUCUCAUUUUCAUCCCUCCAUUGCCUCGUCCCUCUGCUCAGCUCUUCUACCUCACCCCAUCCCUCGUGCCUCUCCUCCUGCAUCACCCCAUCCCUCGUGCCUCUCCUCCUGCAUCACCCCAUCUCUCGUGCCUCUCCUCCUGCAUCACCCCAUCUCUCGUGCCUCUCCUCCUGCAUCACCCCAUCUCUCGUGCCUCUCCUCAUUAUUCUGGCCAUCUCCAUCUCUCACUAACAAUCCCUUCAUUCCUGCCUGUCUUCCUCUGUCCCCAAAAUGUCUUUCCUUCCCUAGCCCUCUAGCCCUCCUCCAUCCCUCCUUUCCUCUAGCCCUCCAUCCCUCCUUCCCUCUCGCCCUCCAUCCCUCCUUCCCUCCAUCCCUCCUUUCCUCUAGCCCUCCAUCCCUCCUUCCCUCUAGCCCUCCAUCCCUCCUUCCCUCUCGCCCUCCAUCCCUCCUUCCCUCCAUCCCUCCUUGCCUCUAGCCCUCCAUCCCUCCUUCCCUCUAGCCCUCCAUCCCUCCACUUUUCUAUCCUUCCAUUCCUCCUGCUUCUUCUCCUUCUCCUGGAUCAUUGUGUUGAUAAUGUAGGGUCUCCUGAGUGUGAGGGUGUAAAAAGAAAAGGUUACAAGGCAACAUGAGCAAAGACAUUCUUUGACCCUGCAUGUAUUCUCCAACCUAUGUCAGUAUUAUGAGUAGUUUAUGUGUGUUUAGUUACUGAUAUGACCGUCCAAUAAA